AUGUUUGGUCAUGUGCUAGGUGAGCCAUUUGAUCAUGUACUAGGUCAGCCGUUAGAGCGUGGCGGUGAGCCAGAGUGUGAACAGGGUGAAGAGGAAGGGGGCACGGAUGUGGUAGAGGAACUCGGGGAUGGUGUCGUGCGCCAGCUUGUGGAGAGGGUUCAUCUGCUUGACGGCGACUUGCAGUGCCUGGCAGAGAUCCUCGCAGGUCCGCUUGGCGGGGUGGCCGCUGGUGGAGCCGGCGAGGCUGUGGGAAUCCCUGUGCACGAAGCCGUACUGGAAGAGCGUGGGCGUGGUGGAGUCGCAGUCCGCGAUGGAGGGGCAGUCGGCAGUGUGAUUGGAGCUCGGGGCCAGUGGCCGUCGCUUGGCUUGGCAUUGGUUGUCGCAGCUCCUGGCGUGGCAGGAGAGGUAGAGGUGGGCGUGUUCCCUGGAGAAGGUGGCGCGGACGUCGUGGCCGAGGGGCUUGAGGAAAUUGUAGUAAAAGGCGAACAGGUCGUCUGGCGUCCGUGGCGGGCGAGUGAGGAGGCAAGUCAGGGAGCCGCACAGCCUGGUGAGGGGCGACGAUGCGCCGCCGCAGAAGGCGCCGAGGACGUCCAUGAUGCGUCGGCCUUGGGAGGCACGGGAGGCCAGCCUGGUAAUGUUGGAGAGGCCCAUGGGCGUCUUGCACGGCAGGCCGGGCGACGUGUCCAUGGGCGACAGCUGGUGAGGCAAAAAGCCCACCAGGCCGUCCUCGAGGAACGACUGGAGCGGCGACUUGACGCCGCACUUGGGAUGUUGGUCACAGCUUUGGUUGCAUAUUUGGUUGGUCAUUUGGUUACAUAUUUGGUUGUGUGUUUGGUUGCACUGUUGGGCACACAUUUGGGUGGCACACUGCAUGGUGUUGCACUUCCAACUGGAGCCACCGACGCCGCGGCCGUACCAGCAGUCGAGCCAUCCGCCGUGCCGGGUGUUGUAGAGGCACCGGCGGUAGAGGAGAUACAGCUGGUGGUGGAGGCGUUUGAGCACAUCGUACAGCAGGCAGAGCAAAGCGUCCGCGUCGCCGGGGUAGAGCAGGCCUGCCGGGUUGGUGUUGAAGUCGCAGGCGUAGAUGCCUCCGGCAUGGCCGUAGCCUAG